AUGUCGCGGCAGGCCAUCUUUAGUGCUUCGGCGAAUGCUCGCCCGGCGGCGACGGGCCAGCGCCCGAUCUCUGGCGCCACGGACCGGCCGGGACGCCUUGGCGGAGGCGGCCCUUCUCGCCGUGUGCCCGGCCCUGUGACCUCGUCCCAGGGGCGCGGCAGCUCUACGGUUUACUCGCAGUCUGCGUCUUCCCGAGUGCGCGUCGUCGGCUAUGCCUCCCGCGAGGGAACGGCGGCCGCCACGGUGGGGGGACCUGCCGGGUCGUCUUUGGCCCCUGCUAGGUUCACCCGGAUCGGGGAACGGUCUUCACAGCCGCCGGCGGGAGUAGGCGGCGCUGGGGUAAAAUCAGUCGCCAUCACCUCGAACAUGAGCGGCGAAGCAGUCUACAAUGCACUGGUCGCUGUGGGCAUCUCGCUUGUGUCCAAGGCGUCCCUUCUCGGGGUUCUCAUGUCCGCCGUGGCACCCUCACACGAGGAGUCACGCCAGCCGCUGGACAACUCCAACAAGCGCAAGCGCGAAAGAGACCUGGUGAAGGGGGAGCGCUCCUCCAAUGGAAUCGUCGCUGCCAUCUUCUGCGUGUACAGCUACGCCUUCAUCGGCCCCUCCAAGGGGCACUUCUCUGGGGGACAGCAGAGCAACGAGACGAACAACGUCUUCCUCGCGGCGGCGUCACGCGUGUGGGUGCCGGCCCAACAGGGAGACCCCGACUGGCUCGAGAGGUUCUUCGCCGCCAUCAUGUCUGCUCGCGCCCAAAUGCACGGGAUCUUCCGCGAGGCCCUCAUCCCGCUCGCUCUCUACCUCAUCGAGAAGGAAUGCACCGAGAACAACCCCUACACGCUGGAGGACAUCUUCCGGGGCGCUCGAGAGCGGGCGCGCGAUCUCGAGCCGGACAUGAAGGCAAUGCAGGACUUCGUGCACUCCGCCCUGGAGUUGCCGGUUUCUGCCGCGCGGAGGGCGACGGGAAAGGGCAACCUGAAGGCGUUCCACGUGUUCGGGGGACGCGAUCUCGACAAGCAGUUGACGCGGAAGCUCGCAGUGCCGCUAGCCUUGCACAUGCUCUGCGACGCGGAAGGACAGCAGGUGCUGCCCGCCGGGGAGAUCGAGACCAACCAGUGCCUCGCGGAGCGGAAGGUUGCGGCGUUCGCUGAGCGCGUGAACGGAGGAUUCAAGACCAAGAAGGCCCGGGAGUUCCAGAACGCGUGAGUUGGUCUUCAUUGGUAUUGACAGAUACUUGUUUUCAGGACGCGAAUGACUGUACCACGGGAUAACCUUGUGUGUCCUCUGUACGAACGUGGCGCCGAUGCGAGUGCGUUGUUCUUGCACUCGGAUACUCCACACCCAGUCUUGCCCAUGCAGCCUCGUACAUGGCUAAUAGAGGUUCGCACUAACUUGUGCUGAGAGACCGUUCACAUCAGUGCUUGUUUUGUUUUGUGUGUAUCAGACACGCACCGCGGAACCAAAUUUGCUAUCGCUGCGUGUUCUCACACCUUCCGUUCUGUGUUCGUGCUCUUCCUCGUGCAGCUUGUGGUACCACCUGUUCACAUUCGCCACGGGACAGUUCCGCUUCGCCGAACCCAUCCUACGCGUCCCGCGGGAGGACUUCUCCAAGCGCAACCUCAUCGCCUACAUCGCGCCGUUCGCAAGUAGGUUUUAGCAGGGUUAGCAGGUCGACUUUUACCUGCCAUGUCAACACAGCUAUUUCAGCGCUUGGCUAAUUGACAAGAGGAUAAGUGCUCCCCCGAGACGUAAAUCCAACUCUUUCUGAUCCAAGAGAAGCCGCAACAUAUCUUGUAGUCCCCAUUAAACUUGCGUCUUGAUCGUGGCUUAUUGCAAUCCCAACGCACUCGCUCUCCUUUUCAAUUCCACGAACGAACGCAGGAGAGGAAACCGGCCUCUCUCCCCGCGAGAAGUCGAAGGCAGGCGAGAAGGACAUGGUGGUUCGCGAGACGCCCUUCGACCGACCCGAAGAUAUUCUCGUUGAGGACAGUGACCUGCAGGAGUACCUCGACAACAUGUCAUCCUAGAACAUCGGCGGCGCUUGUAGUGAGAAUGCACUACGAGUUUUGAGGGGGGGGGGGGGUAGCUAUCCUCAACACUUUGCUCUUUCACAGCUCCACAGCUGUAUUUUCUGCUCUAGGGCUUUGUGACGAUGUCGGUCAAAUGUCCACGUACUGUGUGGAACUCGAAGUGACCUGCUGCGUAGUUUUUUGUGUGAUAAAACGUUGUGGCGAAGCGCAGAACUGCGCGGUAGUGGUCAUGGUGUGUGACGCGUUGCUCAGGGUGUCGGCUGUUGCGUUGUUUCUUGAUCGGUCAAACACACCAGCGUUCGCGGUUUUAAUCUUUGCGCGUCUCAUUCCCGAAUUUGCACGUCCUCACGGCCCUAUGGUAUUCCACCAGAAAUCUGUAGAUUUACAUGCAUCUAACUUAAGCAGGCAGUGGGUGGUUAGGCAACGACGGGAGGCUCCGCCGGCUUCGCGCGGGCUGGGUAUCAUCAUCAGAGGCGAAUACUACCAUGAAACGUCGUGGUGUUGGAUGACAUGAUGAGCAAUUCUUGCGUGUGGUGGUCACCAUGGUGUGAUAUUGCUGCUGGGGUGAAGCCUGGCGCGAUGAUCAAGCGUGCUUGUUCUGGUAAGAUCUACUGAAGUUGAAUAUUUAUGUCGGCUGGGGUAGCCCGUUUUGUCUGUGCGUGAUGGCUUGAACUUUGCCGGCUCUGGGGGGGUAGUAAGGUAUUGAUAUAUCACCUUGGCGGGUGCAAGUCUGACGAACAUUAUGUGGGAUGAUAGCGAUUUGUACGUUUUUCGUGCUGGUGAUGACAUGAUACGUUUUUUCUCUUCGAGUAUAUAUACUUUUCCAUGCUGCUCAUUGACGCGCAGCGUGUUAUUCUGUGCUUUCGUUGCUCGUUGCUCUUUUUUUGCUCUUGCUUGUCCGUGUCAUCGAAGGCGUCGCGCCCAGAGUCCGUAGUAUGUCCUUUUCUGUCUCGAAUGUUGCUUUUUUCUGUUUUUUUUUGUUCUUUUCUCUAAAUCUUAUGUGUCACGCGUGUAGGCUUCAGGGGGUGCGGGUUAUAGUGUGCGCAUCUUUCAAAAAGGAGAGGGCUUUGUAUCGCGAUGUACUGUACGCACUUUGACUGGUCGGCGU